AUGAUGUUUUUGGAUCAGUUCUUCCCAGCGGCCAAGACAAGGGCACUCAGGGAGGAAAUCCGAGGAACUACACAAGGUUAUGAUGAGACCCUAAAUCAGUACUGGUCAAGAUACAUGGGUCUGUUGGAGGCAUGCCCAAACCACCACAUGUUGGAAGUAGAAAUUUACUCAAUUUUCUAUGAGGGGAUGAAUAAGGAGAGCAAAGACUUAGUGAACUCAUCGAGUGGAGGAAGUUUUUCCAAACUACGAGUUAGUAAGGCGAAGAGAAUUAUGGAAAGACUUCUCUACGCGAAAAGGGCCUAUGAUGAUCCACGUGCUCCCCUGCCCAAGAGAGGUAUGGCGAAUGCUGCAGCAGUGGAAAAUGAUGAUCAGUUGCAGAGUCGGAUUGACAAGCUCGAGAGGGCACUUUUGUCGGCAAUUGAGAAUAAUAAAUUGCAAGCUCCUCCAAUUAAGGCCACCACAGUAACUGCCCAAGAGGAUCACUAUCGAAAUACAACUGGGCUUUGGAAUUCAAAUAGGAGCUCGAAUCCUGGAAGGCUCAUCUUGAAAAGUCAGGAAAUUGAUACACUAUUGGAAACCUUCACAACAAUAGACAUAUCAUCUAAUAGAUUUACUGGGAAUAUUCCACCUUCCAUAGGAAAUCUUAAGAAUCUCAAAUAUUUGAACUUGUCCAGCAAUAGCCUCACGGGACAUAUACCUUCAUCUCCUGGAAACGUGAGGCAACUCGAAUCGUUGGAUUUGUCAACAAACAAACUUGAUGGAGAAAUUCCAGGCCAAAUUCCUGAAUCGUUGUUCACCAAUUUGGUCAAACUUGAAUAUCUUGACCUCACCAGCAAUAGUUUCAAAGGCCCCAUGUCACCAAAUAUCACUAACCUCUCCUUGUUGAAGGAUCUUUGCCUCGGUAAAAACUUUUUCUCUGGCAACAUUUUUUACACAGUAAGCCUUGUUCCAAGCCUGCAAAAUCUAGAGCUGUAUGGUAAUUCAUUUAUAGGAGAAAUCCCUCCUUCUAUAGGCCUACUCACAAAUCUCCAAACUCUAUACCUUGGAAUGAACAUAUUCAAUUCCUCCAUUCCCCGAGAGCUCGGCUUGUGUAACAAGCUGACCUACUUAGAUUUAUCCCAUAAUUCACUCUCGGGGCCAUUGCCGCCAUCCUUAUCAAAUCUGGGCAAUUUAUCUGAUUUGGGACUAUCUGAGAACAGCCUGACCGGUGAAAUACUGACCUCUUUCAUUUCGAGUUGGAGUAAACUAAUCUGGCUAGAAAUUGAAGACAAUGAAUUCAGUGGGGAACUUCCAUCAGAAAUAGGAUUACUCACAAACCUCGAGUUUCUGUAUCUCUCUAAUAACUCGUUUUCAGGCAGCAUCCCUCCAGAGAUUGGAAACCUACGAAAUUUGAACUGGCUGAACCUUUCAACCAAUAACUUUUCAG